AUGCCUGCUGUCAAGCCUGGUGCAACCGUCCUCGUCACUGGAGCUUCCGGUUAUAUCGCUGCUCAUAUCACUCGGGAAUUCCUCGAACAUGGCUACAACGUCCGAGGUACAGUCAGAGAUGAAACGAAAGGCCAGUAUCUUGCCAACUUGUUCAAGGGGUUGAAGGGGGAGUUCUCAUACGUCAUAGUGCGGGAGAUUGCAGAGGACGGUGCUUUUGACGAGGCUGUCAAGGGGAUGGACGGUGUCUGUCAUGUCGCUAGUCCCGUAACGUUUGUGGUUGAGCAUCUAGAGGAUGUUGCUGUUCCAGCUGUGAAGGGAACAGUCGGAGUACUGAAGAGUAUACAGAAGAACGCCCCUACGUGUCAACGAGUAGUAUACACAGCCUCAAGUGGAACCAUUAAUGGUCCUGGAGGUCCCCCUACAAGGUACAAUGAAGAAGAUUGGAAUGAGGUCGACCUGAUCAGAUGUGAAAAGGAAGGCGUAGAAGCGCCGGGAGACUCAAAGUACCGAGCGAGCAAAGUACUAGCCGAAAGAGCGUACUGGGACUUUUUGAAGAACGAGCAAGUCGCUUUCGAUGGAGUAACGAUCCACCCUCCUAUGGUGUAUGGACCCAUCAUACAUCAAUGCGACGAUCCUGCUAAGCUCAAUCACUCUGUAGACCGGAUCUACCCUUACAUCGCCGGCAGGAUGAAACAGUCUGAUCUCCCAGAGAGCGGGUCAAACUUUGUCGAUGUGCGAGAUGUUGCCUCGGCCGAGUUCCGCGCUAUGAUCACGCCGGAAGCGGGUGGCAAUCGAUUUUGUGUGUCAGCUGGGCCAUAUAGCGGUAAUGAUGUAUGCCUGGUUCUCAAUCGCGAGAUGCCCACACUCCGUAACAUCCCCACGGCUAAUACAACUCCAGGAUAUCGUGAGGAAUUGGCCAAGACGUCGAAUGUGGUUGAUGGCUCAAAGGCUGCCAGGAUCUUGGGGAUCGAGUACAGGACUAUUGAGGACACCGUUCGAGAUACUGUUAACAGUUUAGUACAAAGAUUUGACAUCCAAUAA